AUGAAGUCUCUAUUUUUUGUUAAUAUUUUUAAUCCUUGUUGUUCUCGUUCAUUUAUUCAAUCAACAAUUUAUUUAAAUAAAUUAAUAGUUAGAUUUUAUAGUCAACAAGACAAACCACUUAUGUAUCAACUUGAACAUGUUCAAAAAAGGCUAGAAUUUACGACUCCAUUAAUGUUUAAAAUGAGAAUGGAUUAUACUUUCCUUAGAAAAGAUGUUUUUUUGGAUGAUCAAAUAAUGGGGGUAACUAGAAGUGGCCUUAAUGAGAUUAUGCAUCAUUUUGGAACAAUAGCUGUGGCUGGGAAUUUAUUACGGGCUAAUAUUGAUGCUCAGGCACUCAACAUUGUACCUAUAUUGGAGGAUGGAACAGUUAGGCUUCGUUGGAGACUAGUUUAUCAUAAUUGGAUUGAUUAUUUUAGCUUUAAAUCAGACAAAGAAAAUGAAAAAUGGUAUGAUGGUUACUCGAUUUUCUACGUUGACGGUGAUGGUUUAGUAUAUAAAUUUACAUUACAAAAAAUAAUGCCAGAUGAUGAAUUUUCACUACAAAAAUUUAAAGGAACAAAAGAAUUUGUUAAAAAUGUAGUUACACAAAAUGUGGCAAAUUAUAAAGAAAAACAACAAAUUGUUAAUUUAAAACAAAGCUCAAUAAAAAAUUAAUUUUAAUUUAUUUGCAUCCACGGAAGGUUUUGAUACAAAUGGGGGUAAAUUCAAAUCUGUUAUAAAUUGAUAAAUUUUAAAUAUUUUAGUUUAUAUUUUAUUGCACCAUUUUUAAUGCUUUCUACCGAUUAUAAAGUUCUAACUGAGUUAGAUACUAAUUAAAAAUUUAGAAUACAUAAACCUAUAUUAUAUGAAAGAAGUGCCGAAAUCAUAUUUUUCCUUACUUUCAUGGACUGGCUAGGAAUGGUUAAUUUUCUUGAGUGGUUGAUGUUUGUUGAUUUUUGCCGUAAGGAAAAUGGUGCAAAAGGAUUCUACACUAAUGGUUCUACACUAGUGCUGGGGGUACUUUUC